CAAAUCAGAGAAUAUAUCUUCGAUGUGGUAUUGCGAUGGACGUAUUGAUAUUGGUGCAGUGAGACGGCAUAUUUUGCAUUUUCGAACAGAUGGUUAACAAACAUGCCUGCCCUUGCAACCAGAAAACAAAUUUCUUCAGGAUAUUGAAACAAGAGUAAUGGCCCUAGAAGAAGACAUCGCUGAACUGAAUUCCGUGCUCGACGAUCUCAACAGCAUGAUGAAGGAUAUCAGCGUUCAAACAGUUCUGGAGUUUUUUCCAUCAAAUAAUAAUGAGACAUUUAAAGACAUUCUUACUUCUGAAAUGGACACUGAUGGGCCAGCCGGAAGGCUGUUGCGCACUCUGUCAAAAGAUGAAGGAAACAAGAGCCUUUUACAUGCAAAUAACAUUAGCAAAAGCAAUGAAGUACAAAGCGUUAGCUCUUGCAACGUCAACAGCAGUUGCAACCAUGAAAAUGACCAGGCCAGCUCGGUCUCCUCAAACUCUUUUUCAAUUGAUGAAACUAUAGUGGAUCUGGCCUACUGUUCAGAAGGAGGCUCGCAUACCAGGCCGAAUUCGAUUGUCAAGUUAAAAAGCGAAUGCAGUUCUGAAACCAGUACUGAGUACGAAAAUUCUUCGAUGGAAAAUUAUCCACUCUCCAACGGGAAAGUAUCACCUGAGAAGUUGCAUGUCACUGUAUUUUUCCAAGAAAGGCCUAUUGACCUGGAGAUUCCGUUUUCUGCUACUGCCAAGGACAUUGCACAUCGCAUUAUUAUCAUCAACCGUCUUCAAAGAAGCCAGGAAUGGACAAUUUUUGAAUGCUUAACGGAUUAUGAUUUGGAACGAAAUUUAGAAGAUCACGAACUCAUCAAAGAUGUGGUCAAAAAUUGGCCUAAGAAUUCGGAAAACCGUCUGCAAAUGAAAAAUUUCACCAAAAAGUACGAAUGUUUUGAAAAACCGGCAAUCUACUUUCCAAGCUAUCUUCUUUGCAACGAUGAGACAACGAAAACUGCCACACUAAGAGCCGAUGAACAAUUGAGCCCCGAAUAUGCUAGUUAUUUCAUGUCCGACAACAAAGUUCCUCAAUUGGAAAACUUUCUUCACUUGAAAGAAUAUCGCAAAAAAACAUGGAAGAGAAAAUACUGCCUGUUGAAAGCUUCUGGUAUUUUCAGUUCAAGCAAAAGUGGCUUUAAGCGAAGUUCAAGAGAAGUUAAAUGCAAUGUCGAGUUUGAGGACUGUAAACUGUUUUUUACUACAUCGUCGUUCAAAGGGUCACAAAGUGCUCCAUUUGCCCAUUGUUUCUGCUUUGUUCCUGACAAUCUUGCAUUCCAUAAAGAUAUCAAAUGUUUCUGUGCUGAAAAUGAACAAGUGAUGCAAAGUUGGGUUGUCGGAUUUCGACUUGCAAAGUUUGGCUCGAGAUUGUACAGGAAUUAUAAAAUUGCCACUCAGGAUAACAGAGCGGCUAAAACUGUUUCUGCGCCGGUUGAUAUGGAUUCUGUUAUCAGAAGAAAGCGUCCGUCAAUUGACUAUCGCGUGCCUAUCGACUUUUCUGGCAAUGCAAGCCGUGUCGUGUCAGACCCCGAUGCAGCAAAAGCAGUUAUUAACUCAAUUUCGUCUAAACUUCCGAAGCGCUUGAAGAGAAGAUCAACUGGAAGUUUUCAUUCACCUUAUUCAUCCGGGGUGCCAGCUGUCGUUGAGAAACCAUGGUUUCAUGGGAAAUUGGAAAGAGAGCAAGCUGCAAAGCUCCUUCGAAGCGGCGGCCUAGAAGAAGGACUGUUUUUGGUCCGAGAGAGCUGUACGUCAGCUGGCGUCCAUGUCAUCAGUCUUGUGAAGAAAAAAAAGAUUCUCCAUCAUCAAGUCUUCAAAGCCGUUGGUGAAGGCCAAGUCUUUUACGGCCUUGAGCAUGGGCCUCGAUUUCAGUCGCUCGAACAGCUCAUAGAAUUCUAUCAAAACUACAGACACGCUGGAAAACCUCCAUUGCUGCGAAAAGCUUGUAAACGUAUUGAAAAAUAGAUCAAAGUUUAUUUUACUUGCGAAUGCCUUGGCUGGUACAUGGACGCAGUCUUGGCAGUCGCUAGAUGACAGAUUACGAAUCAUGAAAUCGUCCCCAUGCCGCCAGAGAUGAUACAAACCACCUUGUACAGCUGGGAACGUGGAGCCUCAGUUGCACAUUGAAUGCAUUUUUUGCGCCAAACUCUUUGUAAAUAUUGUAAUGUACAUAAACCUGUUGUUGUCUUAAUUUCA